AUGAGGCAGCGGCACAACGUCCGCGCCCUCGCCCUCUUCGGGCUAAGGCUAAUGGCCCUACACCGCGCAGCCGUCGUGCUAGCAGAAGAAGAGCCGUUCGCCACGGCUUCAACGGCUAUUACAGCGGCGGCGGUGCUGGCGGCGCUGUGCUUUGGCGGCUCUGUUCUAGAGCUGUCGUCUGGCAGCGUAUGCCGGUAG